CGAUAUCCGAUUUUGAUAUUCAGUUUUUCCAAACGAUGAAUUUUGCCAUAUUUUCGAUAAUAGAGGGUACUUGCAGAAAUGUCAGUCAGUGACCCUUUGCUGAAACGUUUAAAGGGAUUUGUUUUAGAAUUUAGAACAAAUAAUAUUGUUGUAACAGAUGAGAAUGAAGAUCUAGCAAAACUAUGUUGUGUGCUGGAGGAAAUCUUUCAAAAAGGAAUUAAAAAAUCCAGAUGGUUUGACAAGAGUGAAUUUUUCUGGUCUUGGGUGGCAAAAAUACCAUCUUUUUCAAAGGAAAGAUGCAACCCGAUACUUUCGAUGGUAAUUGAUACUGUCAAAGAUUCCAAGAAGGUGACUCAUGAUCUAGGCCGAGGUCGUUUAUUUAUCCGAUCAGCGUUGAUGAAGAAAAUGCUGACGGUACCCGUACAAAUUAUCUCCAAAAAUCGACAGCUAGCUAAGGAAGUGUAUUAUGAAAAUGACAGCAUUCUGGGGAAUGAAAUUCUUGCAGAAAUUCUACAGUCACUUUUGUUUGAGUUGACAGAGGCAAACUUCCAGUUGAGAAUUCAUAAUGCAAGUUUCCUGGACAAGACAUGGAAUUUGCCUAUUUACAGACAGUAUGAACUUGUACCAUGUGACAACCUUGGGCUUCAUGUGCAAUAUAUCAAUGGGUUUUUAUUGGUGAAAGCCGUUGAACCAGGAAGUGUGGCAGAAGAAAAUGACAAAAUCCAUGCAGGUGAUAUUAUUGAUGAGCUCUGUGGUGAGACACUUAGAGGGAACAAAAUGUCUGCUGCUCACAAUGUUCUGCAAAAGUACAAAGGUCUUCCUCUGCACAUCCAUGUAGUGAAGGGAUUUGACAGCCAAGGUAAUUUGUACAAACCAAUACAACACCUGAUAGAGGAUGCAGAUAUUGACAUCGCCACCUCAGAAGAACUGCUUCAGAUCAAAAAUAGCUCCAGUAAUGGCUACAAGAAACCGCCGCACACCAUACUCAGCGAGGAGGACGCAGAGGAGCUCCCCGUCCACGGCUCAGAGGGAGGGGCAACCUAUGAAGCUUAUUAUCUUGGCUAUGUUCCCCUUGGAGUAGAUGGAAGAGUGGUGAGAAUUGAGGAUUCUGUUCUAGGGGUACUGAGGAACCAUACCCAGCGAGUGCCUGUAAGGAUAGAACUCACAGAGAAAGACAUACUAGUUGUUGACAAAAAAGAUGACAAGAACACAUCUUUAGUAAAUCUUUAUGGAGAAACAACAUGCAGCCUAGCCAAGAAAUUCAACUGCUAUGUUUUUGAAGCCAGAACAAAUGAGGAGGCUAAAUUUGCUCUUUGUGCCAUUGCUCAAGGUUUUGAAAGAACACACCUGCUGUUGUGAUCAAAGAAAGACAACUGUGCUUCCACCCAAAAUAUAUAUUCAAUUUUUUUUUUUUUUUUUUUUUACAUU